GUCACAUUGAUUACUGAUUCUCAUAGCUUUAUUGUUUAUUCGUUGUUUGUAUAAAUUGUUGCUACUUUUCAUUCUAACAUUCAUACAAUACGACAAUAGACCAUAUUGAUAGUCGGACUCAUCACAUAGCUUAUCUUGAUAACUCAUCCAUUUCGUAAGUUAGCAAAAGAUAACUUGACAACCCAUUCAUAACUGCUAUUGCUCACAAUUGCAGCAUCCACCGAAUUAAAGAUGUCUAUCCAAGAACCAGACAUCCAGCGUUUGACGUUGGAAAGAACGGCUUCCAACUCGUCGUCAGUUCUCUCCUUGAAACAUGGCUACAUCGACUCUCCCUUCUCCGGAAAGAAGGACCAAUAUGAACAGGUUUUAGACAUCUUGGACUCCACAGGUUUCAUUCCUGAGUCGUUGAUCGAAUCUGAAGCCAGAUGGUUCUACGAGUCGUUGGGAAUCGACGACGUGUUUUUCGCCAGAGAAUCUCCAGAGGGAAUUGCGGGCCACAUCCACUCGUUGUACUCGUGUAAGGUCCAGGCCUACUCAGGCGACGGUGCUGAUUUCCCCUUGAUUCAAUACAAGCGUGAAGCUGACGACCAUGGUGUUUUCUUUGACUCGUCCGAUGUCUCCACGUCGAUGUACAAGAACCAGUUCGAAGAGAGAAUCGACGAUAAAUACAUCGAUCCUUCUUCGUCCGAUUCCAUCUCCUACAGAGUGGAAUACUUCUCGGCCCCAUUGAACUACAAGACUGAUCCAAUCUUGUCUGGUGUUUUCCAGAACAACAAGACUUUGCGCGACCAGUUGAUGAGAUGUUACUUCGUCUACAAGAACCAAUACGACCAUUUGGAUGUUUCUGCUGACGAGACCGACAUCAACAAGAUCGGGGACUCAACCUUCUUGAAAAUCGCCUCGGCCAACACUAAACAAUUGUACGCAGACAUCGUCAAGAACGUCGUCACUACCACUGGUCCCGUUAUCAGACACUUCCCCAUCGAAGACUCUGAAGAAUACAGAGUGGUUAUUGGUUACAGACAAAAGACUUCCGCCAGAUACAACUCGGCCUUGAGCGACUUGGCCAACUACUACAAGUUGCAAACGACGAGAAAGUACGUUGAGCAGUUUGCCAACGGGGUCACCAUCAUCUCGAUGUAUGUCACUUCCAAACAGAAGAAGUUACCAGUGGAUCUUUCGAUCUACCAGGUCAUCAAGGAAGCUUCGUUGUUGUACUGUAUUCCUCACAACUUCUUCCAUGACAGAUUCACCAAGGGUGAGUUGUCCUUGCAGGAAAGUAUCUAUGCUCAAUCCGGUGUGAUCUUCGUCACCCACUUUUUGAACAGAUUGGGGCCAGAAUACACCAAGUUGGCUACUUUGUUGGACGCUUCAAAGUCUCUUCAGAAUGCCGAAGUGUUGAAUAGCUUGAAGAAGAGAUUGAGAGCUGAAACCUACACACAAAACUUCAUUCAAGAGGUUUUUGACCAGAGACGUGACAUUGUCAGAAAGUUGUACCGUCAAUUCGCCGACGUUCACUACAUCCGUUCUUCCAUGGAAAAGACAUUGUCUUACCAGAGAUUGUCUCAGAUCACUCCUGUCGGCACAGAAGAAGAGUUUGAGCAAUUAUUGAGUCGUGAAUGUUCCCAGAACGAACACCAUGCCGUAGUUUUGAGAGCAUUGUUCGUUUUCAAUAAAUCGAUUUUGAAGACCAACUUCUACACUUCCACUAAAGUUGCCCUUUCUUUCAGAUUAGACCCAUCCUUCUUGCCCUCUUCCGAGUAUCCUGAGAAGCCAUAUGGUAUGUUCUUUGUGGUUGGUAGUGACUUCAGAGGUUUCCAUAUCAGAUUCAGAGACAUCGCUAGAGGUGGUAUCAGAAUUGUCAGAUCGAGAAAUCUUGAUGCCUACAAUGUCAAUCUCAGGAAUUUGUUUGAUGAAAACUACAACUUGGCCAAUACUCAACAGAGAAAGAACAAGGAUAUUCCAGAAGGUGGAUCAAAAGGUGUUAUCUUGUUAGAUGCUGGAGCUGCUCAAGAAAGACCAAAGGCUUGCUUCGAGAAGUAUGUAGAUGCCUUGAUUGACUUGUUAUUGAAACAGCACAUUCCAGGUGUCAAGGACUCCUAUGUUGACUUGUACAACAAGCCCGAGAUUUUGUUCUUGGGUCCAGAUGAAGGCACAGCUGGCUACACAGACUGGGCAACUUUGCACGCAAGAUCGAGAGGAGCUCCAUGGUGGAAGUCUUUCUUGACUGGUAAGAGUCCACAGAUCGGUGGUAUUCCUCACGAUGAGUAUGGUAUGACUACCUUGUCAGUGAGAGCUUACGUGAACAAGAUCUACGAAAAAUUGAACAUUGACAAUUCCAAGAUUAGAAAGUUUCAGACUGGUGGUCCAGAUGGAGACUUGGGUAGUAAUGAAAUUAAAUUAUCUAGAGACGAACAGUACGUUGGUAUUGUUGAUGGCUCUGGUGUUAUUGCUGAUCCAAACGGUCUUGACAAGCAGGAAUUGCUCAGAUUGGCCCACGAGAGAAAGAUGAUUGACCACUUUGACAAGUCCAAAUUGUCGAAGGACGGUUACAUAGUGUUGGUAGACGAUGUGGAUGUCACUUUACCAAACGGUCAUGUAGUAACAAGUGGUGUUGCUUUUAGAAACACUUUCCAUUUGAAGUUGAAGGAACAAUACCCAGACGGUGUUGACUUGUUUGUGCCUUGUGGUGGUAGACCAGCUGCUAUUGACACCAAUAACGUGCAAGAAUUGAUUAACGAAAAGACUGGCAAGAGCAUUGUUCCAUACUUUGUUGAAGGUGCCAACUUGUUUAUCACUCAAGCUGCUAAACUAGUAUUGGAGCAGGCCGGAAUUGUUAUUUUCAAGGAUGCUUCUACCAACAAGGGUGGUGUUACGUCAUCUUCAUUGGAAGUUUUGGCAUCUUUAGCCUUUGACGACGAAGGAUUUUUGGCUAACAUGUGUGUAGACUCUAAGACCCACCAAAAGCCGCUCUUCUACCAAGAGUACGUGAAGAAUGUGCAAAAGAUUGUUGUUGCCAAUGCUGAAAACGAGUUCGAAGCCUUGUGGAAAUUAAAGGAAGAAACCGGUAUUUCUUUCACCGAAUUGUCUGAUAAGUUAUCCGUUGCCAUUAACAAAUUGGGAGACGAAUUGGCCAACUCCAAGGAAUUGUGGAACGAUGACGUUGACUUUAGAAACGCAGUCUUACUUGACUCCUUGCCUCCAUUGUUGUUAGAAGUUGUUGGAAUCGACAGCGUAUUGACCAGAGUUCCAGAAGCCUACUUGAGAGCAAUCUUUGCUACACACUUGGCUUCUCGUUUCGUCUACACCAGAGGUAUCGAUUCCAACCCAGCAAAAUUCUUGGAAUUCAUUUCUUCCACCAGAAAGGAAUACGUCAAGAAAGGCUUACUCAAACACUAAUCUUCUUUUACUCAUUGUUGCUUUUGCCAAGCUGCUGUUUAUUUAUUUACAUACUCCUGCUUUCAUGUUUGCUUUACUAAUUCCAAACUCUUCAUUUCUAUUAGAUGUAAUGAUAAUUAUAGACUUUAAUAUAAAGCCAGAAUCUAUGUAC